UUGAAAAUUGUAUCUGCCCAUCUCCCAUUUUUAUUUUUGCACAUUUUCCUUCUUUUUGCAGUUUUGGUUUUUCAGUUUGGAUGUAAAAUUUACGUGAAGUGUAUGCAUUUUUCUACGUGCGAUAAUAUUCUUCUAGUCUGAUUCCCUGUAAAGAGCUGAGCAGCGCAGCGGGAUGGAUGCACAAGGUCGGAAAGUGAUCGUGUGCGACAAUGGAACAGGCUUCGUCAAGUGCGGAUUCGCUGGCAGCAACUUCCCCGCGCACAUCUUCCCCUCGAUGGUGGGCCGGCCCAUCAUCCGCGCGGACACCAAAGUGGGCGACAUCGAAGUGAAGGAUCUGAUGGUGGGGGAGGAGGCCAGCCAGCUGCGGCACAUGCUGGAGAUCAACUACCCCAUGGACAACGGGAUCGUGCGCAACUGGGAGGACAUGCUGCACGUGUGGGACCACACCUUCGGGCCCGCCUGCCUCGACGUCAACCCGCGCGACUGCAAGAUCCUCCUCACUGAACCGCCGAUGAAUCCCCUCAAGAACCGCGAGAAGAUGAUCGAGGUGAUGUUUGAGAAGUACGGCUUCGAGGCGUGCUACAUCGCCAUCCAGGCGGUGCUGACGCUGUACGCGCAGGGCCUGCUGACGGGCGUCGUGGUGGACUCGGGGGACGGCGUGACGCACAUCUGCCCGGUGUACGAGGGCUUCUCGCUGCCGCACCUGACCAAGCGCCUGGACAUUGCCGGCCGCGACAUCACGCGCUACCUCAUCAAGUUGUUGUUGCUGCGCGGCUACGCCUUCAACCACACGGCCGACUUCGAGACGGUGCGCAUGAUGAAGGAGAAGCUGUGCUACGUGGCCUACAACGUGGAGCAGGAGAAGAAGCUGGCGCUGGAGACCACCGUCCUCGUCCAGCCCUACAUGUUGCCGGACGGGCGCGUGAUUAAGUUGUCGUCGGAGCGGUUCGAGGCGCCCGAGGCGUUGUUCGAGCCGCACCUGAUCAACGUGGAGGGCGUGGGGAUGGCCGAGCUGCUCUUCAACACCAUCCAGUCGGCCGACAUGGACACCCGCCCCGAGUUCUACAAGCACAUCGUCUUGUCGGGCGGCUCCACCAUGUACCCGGGGCUCCCGAGCCGGCUGGAGCGGGAGAUCAAGCAGCUGUAUCUGGAGCGCGUGCUCAAGGGCGACGCCGAGCGGCUGGCGAAGUUCAAGAUCCGCAUCGAGGACCCCCCGCGACGCAAACACAUGGUGUUCAUGGGCGGCGCGGUGCUGGCGGAGGUGAUGAAGAACAAGGAGGACUUUUGGAUGCACCGCAAGGACUACGAGGAGCGCGGACUGCGCGGCGUCAUGGAGAAGCUGGGCGUCCGCGCCGCCAGCUGAUCAACUGCCAGCUAAGCACAACGGACAUUUUCCUUCCUUUUUUUACUAAAUUAAUUGGCCAGCGGUGGGUUGUUUGUUUUGUUUUUAUCCAGUUUUACUUUGUGAUUCUCGGUGAGUUGCUUUACGCGUUGAGCAUGGUUUUGUACGUUGGUUAACGGUUAAUGGAAUAAUCUCGAUUGCGAGAGAGUGUAUCUGUACAGUGAAUGGAGUGGACGAACGAAGCGUGUCACUGCGCCGUGUUAAUUAAUUAUGCCCGGACAGACACAGUCAACCAGUGGCUUUUUUCAAGUUCAGCUAAUGGCAGCCGGUCUGAGCGUGAAGAGUGUUAGUUAACAGGUUAUAUAAAGCGUGCGUUGGGA